AUGCAUACAAAGACUAUCCUUGUUGUUGCCAUCGCAACCCUUAUGGUUCAGGCUCAAGUCGCACCCGCUCAAGUCGCAGAUUCUAAUAUCAGUGCUUCUAUUGCAUCUUCAUCAGAUACACCACCUGCUCCCUUGGCUGUUAAACAAGACAUUGAAUCAGACGAAGCUGAUGAUGAUGUCAGUGCCGCCUCCUCCAAUGAUGACGCUGCUGCUGCUGCUGCUGCUCUCAAGUCCAAUUCCAACUAUGAAGAAGCAUCACCUCGUCAAGAGAAUGUAGCUAAACCUGCUUCUGUCAAUAACAAUGAAGAAGAUGAAGAGAAAGAGGAAGGCCCUGAGAAAUCAGAGAACCCUGAAAAGGAAGAGAAAUCAAGAGAGGCCAAUGAAGCUUCCUUACCAAAGCACGGGGCAGUCAAACCUGCUUCCUUCCGUCCCAAUAAGGAAGAGGAAGGCGAAACGGAAGCCAAAGAUGAUAAGGAGGAAGUCACUGAAAAGGACGAUGUCACUGAAAAGGAGGAAAAGGACGACGUGACUGAAAAGGAAGAUGCUAAUGCUGCUGAAGAAAUGAGUGAACCUGCUGGUGAAGGUGAGGCAAACGAAAUGGAAGCGGAGGACACAGUGGAAGCUGCCUCUGAUAAUGAAGACACGGGUGUUGAAGCUGCUGAAGACAUUAAAAUGAAGCCUUCCAGUGCAUCUGCCUCUAUGCAUGCCUCGGGUGUUUCUUCUCAUAUGGCUAACGCCACUGGACUUUCAUUAUCCUUUGCUGGUCCCUCUGGUGGUCUUGCUCAUGCUAGUUCUGCUGGAGCUUCACACGCGGCUCGUCCCUCUACAGGUGCUAAUGCCAAGGUUCAAACUUCCAACGGUCAAAUUGUACGGGCUAGUAUCGGUGCUACUGUUGGUGCUGUUGCUUUAGCCCUCUACAGUCUUGUUUAAGUUUUUUUUUUACUAUUACCCCCCUCCCCCUUUAUUUUAAUUAUUCCCUACUCACAUUCCC